CGGUGUGCAGAUGUGUCGCAGAUUUUUGUAAAGUCACUGGACGCACGGGAAAGAACCCGCUGGAGGAAGUCGCUCCGGGCCGGUAAACUGUCGGUGGAAAGCACCCAGGCGACCGGGGUGGGGGUGGGGGGGAGUAACGGCAGGAAGAGGACGGAACCGACGCCCCGCGCCGUCACAACCCGGACCCGGUAGCCCGGUUUACUUUGACAGCUACGAGCCCGGAGGACCGGCGGCGCGCGCGGAGAUGGAGCUGUCAGCGAUGGGAGAGCAAGUGUUUGCUGUGGAGUCCAUCGUCAAGAAAAGAGUUAAAAAGGUCACCUUUUAGAUGUUGCCGACAGGUCCGCUCCGUUUAGCAGCGGCACGGUUUGUGGGUGACACGUGUUUAGUUUUUUUUCGGGACGAAUGGGUGCUGCUACUUUGUGUGUGCUAAUGACAUCUUGAGCGAUUAAAUGAACAGAAUUGCGCGACUAAUCUGGUUAUCUCAUUGCAGGCUGUACCCAAAGGGGCAGAGGAGGAUGCUCCUUCAGUGUCGUGUUGCCAUGUCUCUAUCCGGCUUUGACAUGUCAUGUGUUGUUAUUAACUCUUUAAUUCUGGGCCUGGUCCCUUUGCUCAGGAGUAAGUUGCCAUGUGGUGUUGACAGAUGCAGGUGCGCAGCUAGAAAUGACCGAGCGCGAGGGCCCCCCUGAAACUCUAUAGUUUACUGCUAUGAAUAAGUUCACGUUGACUUGUUUGAAGUGACUGGGGCAGUCAAAUGUGCCUUAUGAUACAAAGGGAACUCUAAUUUUGAAGAAAUGUCCAAGUUGAAAACUGUCAAAUAGCAGCUAAUUCUAUUGGAGAGUAAAUGUCUCAAAAUGUCACGUCUUAAAAUAUGCAGGCUGCAACUGUAAUGGUUACUUGGACUAUUGAUUCUUCUCUUUGUUUUGUUUUUCAUCUUGCCACCAAUCCAUAAUACAAACAUAUUUAAUUAACAAGUAUAUAACAUCUUUCAAGAUCUUCACAUCCAGCAAGGGUGUGGCAUGUUUGCUUGAAUAACAUUUAUAUUUAUAUUGGCCACUAUUCAGCCCAGAACAGCAUGCUCUUUACAUGCUUUACAGGUCAAACUACAUUGCUUAUGGAAUAUAUUGAGUCUCACAGCCCUUUUACUGUAAAAGGGGAGCUGGGGAAGUCAAAUGAAGUCUGGAAAAGUGGUGACUUCACCCGCUGAGAAUAACUUUGAGACCUUGGAAGUCAUUAUCGGAUGAUGUCAUUAUCGGAUGACUAACUAUGAGUGGCUUGGCUUGUAUAUGGAAAACAUUUGUGACAUUUCAAAUGAUCUGUUAAGUAUUGUCUGAUGGCAUGGGAACUUCCUGCCACACAUACUGCAAUCAACUGCAAUAAUAUGAUGGAAUAUCGACAUCAAAUUGUUAAGAAGAUGGAGUAAAAUGUUUUUUUAAGUUACUCUAUUUUCAUAUAUAUCUUCAUUUAUUGUAUGAUACUAUGAAUGUAUAAUUCAUAAUGGUUUGUAUCUGCCUCGGGGAACUCUAUUUUGAUAAUUGGUGAAAUGUGAGCAGGUGUUUUUUUUUUCUUACACCGUGCUGAAAAGAAAGCAGACAUCCACGAUGGAAACGUUGGUUGAGGGGAAUGUGGAGUAUCUGUUGAAGUGGAAAGGGUGGCCUCCGAAGUAUAGCACGUGGGAGCCUGAGGAGCACAUUCUGGACCAGCGCUUGGUGCAGGCCUAUGAAGAGAAGGAGCAGAGAGAGCGAGCUCUGGGGAACAGGAGAAAAGGAGCCAAAGCCAAAAGACUCAUUCUGCAGGAUACUGUCUACACCAUGGAUCUCCGCAGUGCUCACAAAACUCCAGAGCAACCUCCGCCUCGCCUGCGUCUCUCCCUCGCACGCUCUCUGCUCCCCGGGGACGAGGAGCAGCCGGACAGUGCCUGCAAGCAGGCCCCACAACUGGCACAUCGAGAGAGCAAACCCAGGAGGUCGCAGUACACAUGCCUGGACUCAAACCCUCCAAGUCCCACACAGGAGGACUGGGAAGGCCGGGGAGAGGAGGAAGAGGAGGAAGAGGAGGAGGACAAUGUAGAAAGUGGAGAGGAUGGAGAGGAGGAAGAGAAAGAGGAGGCUCUAAAGGAGAAGACAGAGAAGAGCGGAGGCACUUUAAAUGGACAGGACAGGGCAGACGAGUGGAGCUCCGCUCUCGGACCAGACGAGGAGGUCACUGCGCCAGAGAAGCCGGACGCCGUCUGGAGGCCCGUCCUCGACCCGAGGGAGGUGACAGUCACAGACGUCACCCUCAACUCCCUCACAGUGACUUUCCGUGAGUCGAGGGUGCCCAAAGGCUUCUUCAGAGACUGGGGCCAGUAGGUGUGAAGUCUGAAUGGGUUGGGCGCUGUGAGUGAGACGAACCGGUUUAAUCUCAGCGUGUGAAAGGGGGUUGAGGGAGACGGGGCUGCUGUCUGUAUUCCCUCUCGCUCUAUUCUUCCCCUCGCCUGCUACUUCCAGCCUGGCCGGCGGAUCGUUUACAUGCACCUGGACAUACGCUGAGCUGUGGCUCAUAUAUGACUGCCAGGUGUAGGUCGAUUGGCAGGCUGCACACUUCCAGUUAGCAGCACUCGGGCCAGCCGAGGGCCAUCGUUGGAUCUCCCACUGUCCAUCUGUGUAUAAUGUGACAAAGUAGCUGAGUUUAGUGAUGUGUUAAUGUUGGUUAUAACAGGUAUAUGAUAUUUCAUAAGUCAUGGGUCUUAACUGUUGACACCUUCAAGGUAGCCCGUAGAGUUUGCUUCUUAACAAACUUAUUUUUCUCGAGGUCUGACAAACGUGCCUAAUGCAUUUCCUUCCUCACAAAACAUUUCGUAAAGCUCUUUUUAUUUUAUGAAUCCUGCAUUGCAUACGUCCACGUUCUGCUGGUGCGUUCUUACUUGUUUUGGUGCCUUUCUGACCUGUGGAAUAGUGUGAACGCAGCUAGGGAGCCACUCAUCAAAACAUUGCUCCAUAGGGUUACUGGUGGUCCAAAAACUCCAUGUGGUACCUUUUAACGCAGUUAACAGAAUCGGCCUAAUGCAUGAACAUUUUUGCGUUAUUAUCUCCUCUCGUGCUCUCAUUUUGUGCGAUUGGCACAAAUGACACAAUUUGCCGAGUCCGAUUUGAGCUCUCAAUUGUGCAUCUCCCCAGAAAAGUAGUAACUACAUGCAUCAGAUAAGUGUAGUUGUUAAAGAUUAUGAAGUAGCACAGAGUUGGAGAUUAAAAAUACAGGUCGAGUGAAGCGAGGAAUCGAGAAGAACAGAAGGAAGGAAAGGAGGUCUGUAAACAUGGCCGCUGUUUCCUACUCUCUUCCACACUAAACUAACCAAUCAGAACGUGUUGCACACACUCUGGACUACGGCGAGGUGAUCCGCCUGCAUGCCUUUCUCCUCCAGUGCAGUUACAUCAGUGCAAAGACGGUGGCCUGUAGUUCAUCUCACAACAUGCAACAUCAAAGUAACUAGAAACUAGAUGAGACUCGAUAUCGUCAUGUACUCUGUAACUCUGUAUUUGCUGUACAUCAUGAGGGUUUUUGUGUCCGUUUGUAGAGUUUGACCGACACGGUAAAUGCCACACUGUUUGAUAAUAGAUAUCAAUAUAUACUGUAUAUAUAUCGAUAGCAUUGAACAUUUCAUUACGUUAUCUUGCCUUCUUAACACAGCUGACAGUGUGUCAAUUUACUUAUUAAACUGUAUUACAUCAAUCAUGUAAUAAUGCAGUUGGUAUCGGUAAUUUUAAGACCUCGACUCCUCUCCAAUGUUUGCGUUUAUAUUGCGAUACACUUUAGUACAACCAUUCAAGCCUUGAAAAAAUUAUCCGCUCACAAUUUAUAGACAUGCAAGCUAUGAUGAGGGGUUGCCACGAGAUAUUCCCUGAUAACAAAGGAUAGGUUCGCAAAUUUUUCAAAUCAAGGUGCCCGUAUUGAUAAGGGAAACAGGAUUAUUUUUCCUGUUCAGACAAUUAAGAGAUCCGGAGAUCCUCAGAGAUUAUGUUACAUGUGAACCUAUCCAUACAAUAAAAUAGUCAAGAACCUCUGCACUAAGCAUGGGAUGGGACAUUCCCAGAGCCACUUGAAUGCACCAACGAGGAAAUAGACUAAUGUGCAUAAAAGACCACAUUACCAAUCAAAGAAGCAUUCAAAUACAUCCAAGAACACAUCGAAUUAAAAACAUGUUCAGCUUCACAGACUGACCUCAAGUAGCUGCGGCCAUCGAUGAACUCAGAUAUGACCGAUAUCACAAAUAAAAUAAUAAAAAAGAGAAGGUCUAACCCUGCUGGCUUCCUGCCCAGUGGACACAGGAGCUGAAGUGAGGCGUCAUGUCCACUGAAUCUCCUGAACGGUGGCGUCCCAUUGGUCCGCAAGUUGUUUACUCCGCACUGAGGAUGAUGGGUCAGCGCCUCGAAACUGUCUCUGUGUGACAAUGAAGCUGCAGGGAAUGGAAGUGCCUGAUGUUGCAUCAUUUUGUUGUUCUGUCUGUGGAGCUUUUAGGGCUAAUGUCUCUCUCCCUCUCUCUCUACACACGCACACACACAUUCACUGAUACUCCCCCAGCUUAUUUGGUUUCUGUAUGUCUGAAUGAUCCUCCACUGAUGCUAGUAAGACUUGAAAUAUGAGUAGACUUCAAAGGAGGAAGAGGGUGGGGUGGACUUCAGGGCAGAAACAUGUAUUUUUCUACAUUGACCUGAAUGUAUAUUUAUCCUUUAAAAGAUACCUGUGUAUUUGUCACGCCGAUGACUGAACAGAAUAGUUUUCAUACGGUUUGGGAUGUUGACGUCGCCAAAUGUGGUCGUUUGUGCCGUUUCGUCCACCACUGAGCAAAGAGCCUUGCACUUUACUGUGAUGUGGAGCUGCUCCAGUCUACCAAGUGUCAUUGUGUAUAGAAUAUUUCUAUGGUAAUACUAAAAUAAAUGUUGCUCAUGUUUAAUAUUA